GGUCUUUCCAUUUGUUGAAGGGGCUUUAGCAAGCUUACAGGAGAGUGGGUGCCCAAAUGAAGGAAUAUAUAACUUUCUGCGGCUCCUUGUGGAACUGCGAUCUUUCUUCUGGAGGACAAUGGCUGCAAUCAGUCUGCAGUUUCCAAACUCAGGGCUUCUUCAACGCAUCAAGAUUAUUCAAGAUGCCAAUGCAAAGGCCUUCUUCAGCAAGUGGCCCUCUGCAGUGAAAGCGCAAGAGGACUUAAGCCUCACUGAUAGUGAUAUCAGUACCUUAUUCCAUGAGACGCCGACACGGCAUGCAGUUUCAGCCAUGUCACUUCGUCUUCGUGGUCUUGAGGAUACCGCCCAGGCACAAACUCGCCUGAUGGAACGUUUGAUUUCUCGCAUGGAUCCUCUAUCUCCAUCGAAGCAGCCUUCAGGAGGGAAGGGUGCCAUCAUCCGAUUCCCAUGUUCAGCGAGUGCCUCUGUGCAGCGCCAUGCUGAAGAAAGUACUGUUCCAUUGAGAGCUUUAGAAAAUGAUCAAGACGUUCACAUGUCCUCGCCACCAAGCUCUCCAACCCUGUGUCCUUGUCGGCUCUUUGAUUCAAAUCUCCCAUUUGGCAAUCUCAUUCCAGUAUCGCCAUUUUGCAGCCCAACGAGAUCAGCAAGCAAUGAAGUAACAACUUUCCCUACACUCUCAUCUUCUAGACCAACCGAUAUCUUUAUACCAUACGUACUUAACAUCAAUCAGAAGACUUACUACGUACUCCCUAUUCUACCAUCGCUACCAGACCAGCCCCAGUCUCGUUCAUCUCAUGAUCUCAUUAUUCCUUCUCUCGCUGCAUACUCUCCACAAGUCCUACCAACAUUCAAAAAAUCAGAGACAAAUUGGCAGUCUGUAUUUUCACGAGUAACGGAUCCAGUAAAGCUGUGGGACUGUUAUGCCCCCAGGAGUCUCAGAGAUUACCCUGAUGUGAAGAGUAUCUGGCAAUCUUGGAGUGAGGGAGUCAUCAUAGAGGACAUCGGAAGACUGCCGCCAAUACGGCUGAUUGAAAAUAAGUGGGGUAGCUUGAAGAAUGGCACUACGGGAAAGGGGAGACUUCCAUCAUGGAGACCCCGUAAUGAUGCCAAGGCCCAAAAAAUCUGGGGCAACUACUACUUCUUUGUAAAGCGCAUCGAGACAAUGCUUGCAGAGGGCCAAAGCUCAGACGAUGCGAUCCAGGUCCUUGAAGCAUGUCGUCAGGAGCUGACAGGAAGCAAGACUGUCAACACGCUUCACUCUGCUUUACAGAUCAAGAAGAAGUAAAAAUUUAAUUGUAUUGUUAUGUUAUUAUUAUAC